AAUGUCCAGUCAAUACAUUUGGAGUACAGUGUCAUGAGUGCCAUUGUAAAACAGCCUGUGAUAGAGAGACCGGGUCCUGCACACGAUGUAUGGAAGGGUGGCACGGACCAAACUGUCAAAUGAAAAAUGUGGGCUUAAAACAGAAAACAAAAGCAAGAAUAUAUGGGAGAAACUAUGGAGAAGAAACAGUUAAUGGAAGAAGAGAUGACUGCACGCUGUUGACUAAUUCUGAGGAAGUGAUGAGACUGAGAAUAAUCCUGGAGAAGAACUACAACAUUAAUGGCAUCACUGUGUUUACUAACAGUUCAGUAAAGAGCCGCAGUAAAAUGGAUGGGUUUGAUAUAGUUCUAUCAGAAACUGAGCAUGUUGGUGCAGGCACAGUGUGUUAUACACAGUCGGAGGAAAUCGCUGAAACUGGCCGGAUUGACACCUCUUGUCGGGGAAGGGCUACAACUGUUUUUAUCCGCAAGAAAUAUCCCCCUUACUUUCUCUUCAUCUGUGAGGUUGAAAUUUACG